AAUUUUACUGUCACAAAACAAAUGGAAGUGAAUUAUUUUAAUUUCACAUAAUUGAAUAAAACGCAUCAAAAUUCAAGGCGUCUUCUAGCAGAAGGAAGAACACAGACACACACACACACACACACUCACUGUGUGAUACCAACAAGAAGGAGGCUGAGGAAAAGUGCAAUAAGUGAAAAUUGAUUUUUAACCAGUGUCAAGUGGCCAACUGCAACAAACCAAAAAAAAAGCAGAAAAAAUGGUGCAAAAAUUUCAAUCGCCUGUGAGGGUCUACAAAUAUCCUUUUGAAUUAGUGAUGAAGGCAUAUGAACGUCGCUUUCCCACAUGCCCACAAAUGCCAAUUGUGCUGGACUGCGAUGUUAUUAAGGAUGAAGUAUUGGAAAAUGGCGCCAAACGGAAUACAAGUCGUCGCUGUAAAUUGGCUGUGGAUGCUCCAUAUAUAUUUAAGAAGCUAAUUGGUGUGGAUUUCGUAUUCUUUUUGCAACAUAAUUACUUGGAUCGAACCAAUCGAACGCUCAGCAUCGAGGCGGUUAAUGAGAGCUUCUCGUCACGCAUUGAGAUCUUUGAGAGAUGUCGCUAUUAUGCCCAUCCAGACAACUCGGAAUGGACAUGUUUCGAUCAGACAGCCACGCUGGAUAUUAAGAAUUUCUUUGGCUUUGAGCAUUCGAUGGAAAAGAUGGGCAUGAAGCAAUACACGCAGACCACAUUGAAGGGCAAGGAGAUUAUUGAGUUUUUCAUUAAUCAAUUGAAGGAAGAGGGUGUUACCCAUGUGGAUCGUUGGGUGCCCCCCUUGGAUGCACCUAAAUCUCCAACAGCAACGACAACGACAAGCGAUCAUGAACAUGACAUUUUGCUUGAUGGUGAUUUCAUUGCCCGCAAUCUGGGGCAACUGUCACCGAUGCAGGAAUCCAAAUUGCUGGAGCUGAGAAAAAUGCUUGAUGGUGUCGAUGACUUGGAGCGUAUGCCCAGUUAUCAGACCAUCUUGCGUUUCUUGUCAGCCAGAGAUUGGCAUGUCAGUCAGGCCUUUUCGAUGCUCUGUGAUUCCCUGAAAUGGCGACAUGAGCAUCGCAUUGAUAAACUAUUGGAAGAGUAUUCCAAACCCGCUGUGGUUGUUGAACAUUUUCCUGGUGGCUGGCAUCAUCAUGAUAAGGAUGGUCGACCCAUUUAUAUUUUACGCUUGGGUCACAUGGAUGUCAAAGGUCUUCUCAAAUCCCUGGGCAUGGAGGGACUUUUAAAAUUGGCACUUCACAUCUGCGAGGAGGGCAUACAGAAGAUUAACGAAUCAGCCGAACGUCUGGAUAAGCCGGUCUUGAACUGGUCACUCUUAGUUGAUCUCGAGGGUCUAUCAAUGCGUCAUUUAUGGCGUCCAGGCAUUAAAGCUUUGCUCUAUAUCAUCGAGACUGUAGAGAGGAACUAUCCCGAGACCAUGGGCCGCGUCUUGGUUGUGCGGGCACCACGGGUAUUUCCCAUUGCUUGGACCAUUGUUAGCGCUUUUAUUGAUGAACACACCCGCUCCAAGUUCCUUUUUUAUGGUCCUGAUCUUGCACAUAUGAAGGAGGGUUUGGUUCAGUAUAUUGAUGAGGAAAUUGUGCCCGAUUUUUUGGGUGGCGGAUGCAAAACUAUGAUUCAUGAGGGAGGACUUGUGCCGAAAACGUUAUAUAAAAUGACCUCUCUUGAGGAUCAUGAUGGUGGCGAAUGCGACGGUGACGGGGAUGAUGUUGAUGCUGAUGGUGAGGGUAUUGGACAGAUCAUUGCUCACAAGCCUGUAGAAACUGUAAAGCGCUUAUCGGCUGCCCAUCAACAUGAUCAUAAGAAUUUGUACAAGUCUGUGGAGCUAAAAGCUGGCUUUAGCCAUGAGCUACUCAUUCGUAAUGAAGAUCCAAAAAGUGUAUUGACCUGGGACUUUGAUGUGCUACGCAAUGAUUUACACUUUACUUUAUAUCGAGUGACAGAAGAUUUGCCGGAAAAGACUGACGCCGCUGUCUCCUAUUUUGAUCUACAGGAUUUUGCCGAGGGGGUCAACUAUUUCCGGGAAGAGCCCACUCUAAUCUGUCGGCACAAGGAGAGCGUUCAGGGCUCACAUGUAAUGCAUCACAAUGAUAGCUAUCUGAUGCACUGGUUUAGUCCAUCGGGAGCACAACUCAAUCUCUUCUAUGAAGUUCUUAGCUCUGUCAACUAUAAAGGCUCGAUGACUAGCUUGCAAUCGGCCUUCUCAUCCAACUCAUCGGCGGCCAGUUCUUGUCAGAGUCGAUGAUAUGAAACGAAUGUCGGGGAGCAGGAGCAGCUGCAACAGGAUCAUAAAGAGCAGCUGGAAACUGAUUUGCUCUCGGGCACACUAAUGGAAAAGAGCUUAAAUCUGUUUGAUACGCCGGAUAUAUUUUUUUAAGACAAAUAGUUGCAAUCUCUUUAA